AUGGACCUGAUAGUCCUGCCUUGCACCUUAUAAAAGAGAACUCCCAAAAGAAUGAAUACCUCAAACCAAGAAUCCUUUCGUUUCGGCAGAACCACACCUACUAAAUUUAGAAAUCCCAAUUUCUCAACAACUUCUCCGAAAACCAGGUAUCACUCCCAAGCAGAUAGAAAAUACGAAAUCAAACCCAGAGAAUGCGAUAUAUUUGAAAAUGACUACAUAACCAAGACAAUCUAAUUUAAUGCAUUGUAAAAUGAGAAUUACCAACAAUCAUUCCUCAUAAAGGAUAAAAAAGUGUUGAAGAAGAAAAAUGGAUUAAUCGUAUUUAAACCCAUUCCCAAAGAGACUCAAUUAAAGUCAAUCUUCUAAAGUCCAGAAAUAUACCCUAUCAUCAACAAGGCCAGGAGGAGAGAGCUGAAAUUAAAGAGAAUUAUGGACAAUGAAUUUAUGAAGUCCAGUUUGGAGAAGGAAAAAGAAUUUAGUGAUAGAAAUUGUCGGAACAUCCUUAAGGAUUUGGGCCAUGACUUCUAUUUUUAAUGA